CGCAUUCGUCGGUCUGCCGGCCAUCAUGCCUCCUCUGGGCUGGGUAGGUAUGCUAUCGUUGCUCUUACAAAGGUGACGGCGGCAGUGAGGCCACGCCGCCGGUCUUCGGCACGGCAGCAUCGGCGGCAGCACACACCGACGGGCUGGCCAGACGCAGAAACGCGUCAGUGUACUCCUGUUGGCACACACAUAGAUAGACACGCAUAGCACCAUCAGUGCGCGAAUGUGUUUCGUGUUUGUUCUUGUCUGUCUGGUGUGCUCUUCUUGUGUACAUUUGCUUGGUGUGUACAGGCAGAGGGCACGAAGGCAGAGGUUUCGCUGUCACCCGGGCCGCCCCAGUGGUCCUGCGAACGACGCAGACACAUACGCAAGCGCAUUGGCCCGUUGUGUUGUGGCAAAAUGCAUGGGAGCAAGUCCAUUCGCUGACUCACGCGUGAGAAUGGCUUGAGUGUGCGGGCUCGUUUGGACCCGACGGCCACCCCGGUGUGUUGGUGGACCUUGUAGGAGAGGGCAGAUGCCAACGACGAACUUACCACACCAUCCUCACGCACAGCAUUCUCCUGCACGACACGACACACAGCUGGAUGUCUGCCUGCAAUGCAGGCCCGUGUCUGUGUCUGUUGUCAAGCGUCUCACCCGCUGGCGUUUGCGUGCAUGACAUCCCUCCUUGGAUGGGCCCCACUCGGUUGGUGCGUCGUGCGAUAAUGACAGCAGCGAGGAUGGCGUGUCAGGGGGGCACCCACUGCCGCCGUCACAGCCAUCACCGUCCUCCGACACUGCACACACGCACAGAGGUGUCCACGUCUCCCUUGGACUUCACCCAUCCAUCCAUCCAUCCGUGUGACGUGUGUGCAUGUGUGUGUGUGUGUGUGUGUUUGCUUUGUGCAUUGCGUACACCAUCGCUGCAGGAAAAGUAUCUGAGGCAGCUUGACGAGACACUCGUUGCUCGCAUGGUGCAACUCGAAGUGCAGCUGCCCACACGAACUGCCGUCGCCGAGGGAAGAGCUGUCCUUCAUCCACACACAAACAAACAAAGAUGACACACCCAUGAUCGACACAAAGAGAAAGACAGAGAAAUCAACACAAACAGACGAGUGCGCAGGUGUGACUGACUGACUGCGGUGGGAGUAUGUCGGUGCUGUCCACUAGUUCCAUGCACUGCGUCUGGUCUUCCGUGAGCGACAGCACCUCACUGUCGAGCAGGUUGGCGUCGCCGCCGUCCACAACGAUGCGCUCCACCGCCUUGUAGGCCCUCACCGUCACACUCGACAUCCGCCACCUGCACACACACACGCACCGCCACCUCUUCUCUACCAUGUUUCUCAGGGGCGGCCAGGUCGCUGACGUGUUUGCGUUGAGUCCGAUGACCGUCCCAUCGGUGCGGCUGCUCGACCGCACAAAGAUCUGCAGCAGAGAUGCGUCCGCACCCAUCCAUCCAUCCAUCCAUCCAUCCAUCCAGUAAUCAAUCCAUCAGCCUCUCUACCGGUGCGAAACGGUGCAGCAACGUGACGCUCCCCAUCGCUCCAACACACAUCUCGCCACAUAACUGCACCAGAGGAGACCACGGCACAUCUCAUGGUGCAACGAUGCCCCGCCCUCCCUGCUCUGCUCUGCUUUGCUUUGCUUUGCUUUGCUCUGCUCUGCUCUGCUUUGCCUCUCCCACCCGAUGGUGCGUGAGUUGAGAACCCGUUUCGUCCUCGAAGCAACCCAUAGACACCACCUCAACACACAUUGGGCUCUCGCCGUGAUUGUCAACCUUGACAUGGAACCGCUGGCCGGAGCGCAGCAAGACGAUCACCUUCUCGUCCGAUGAGUCCUCGACAGCCUCACACGACUCGUCCACGAGUCUGCAAUUAAUGCCACGGAGAGCGGGCGGAAACACAAACAGAUGUGCUCAUCGUCCAUCGUGCUCGUUGGCGAUUUUGGACGUGCUUACUUCGCCAGGGGGACGUCGCCUUUCUCAUUGAGGAGAGUGGCGGAGAAACACUUACAGUGUGAAGUGCAAGGCACCCAAUUCGACGACAUCGGCAUCUUGUUUUGACCUUUUGUCC